CAAAAGGAUUUUUUUUCUUCUGUAAUUUUUUGUUUAGGCCAAAGAAACUGCAAUGUCUAGGAAACAAAGCCAGAAGGAUUCAUCAGGAUUCAUUUUUGAUUUGCAGUCCAAUACUGUACUGGCCCGAGGAGGAGUUUUUGAGAACAUGAAAGAGAAGAUAAAUGCAGUACGUGCAAUCGUUCCUAAUAAGAGCAACAAUGAAAUCAUCCUGGUUUUGCAGCACUUUGAUAAUUGUGUGGACAAAACAGUACAAGCAUUCAUGGAAGGUAGUGCCAGUGAAGUACUCAAAGAAUGGACAGUAACAGGCAAGAAAAAGAACAAAAAGAAGAAAAGCAAACCAAAACCUGGAGCAGAAGCAAGAAACAAUAUCCCAGAUUCCAGUAAAUCUGUUUCCAUUCAAGAGGAGCAGUCUUCACCUUCCUCAGAGAAAGGUGGUGUUGAUGGUUGUCAAGUCAAUGGAGUCAUCAAUGAUGCUGAGUCUGUGGACUCCCUCAGCGAAGGUUUGGAAACACUUUCAGUGGAGGCCAGAGAAUCAGAAGAUCCUGAGUUGGCUGCACCAAAUACACUGGAUAGAACAGGAUCUGUGCUGGAGAAUGGUGUCUCUGACUUUGAACCCAAGUCUUUGAUUACCUACUCUAUUCAGAAUGCUCAGCACUUCAAGAAUGCUGCCAAAUCUCUGUCAAGAUCCACUGCAGGACCUCACUUUUCAAAUCGGGGAAUGGAGGAUGUUUCACUCUCCUCUACCAAUAAAAAACUAGGUUCCAGUAUUGAAAAAUCUGUAAAAGACCUUCAACGCUGUACGGUAUCUCUUGCGCGGUAUCGAGUUGUAGUUAAAGAAGAGAUGGAUACUUCCAUUAAGAAAAUGAAGCAAGCAUUUGCUGAAUUGCAGAGUUGUUUAAUGGAUCGAGAAGUGGCAUUGCUGGCUGAAAUGGACAAAGUGAAAGCUGAAGCAAUGGAAAUUUUACUCAGCCGACAAAAGAAAGCAGAGCUUCUAAAGAAGAUGACUGAUGUAGCUGUGCGAAUGUCAGAGGAGCAGUUGGUUGAGCUGAGAGCUGAUAUCAAGCACUUUGUUAGCGAACGUAAAUAUGAUGAGGAUCUGGGACGAGUAGCUCGGUUCACCUGUGAUGUGGAGACUCUGAAGAAGAGCAUUGAUUCCUUUGGACAAGUGUCCCACCCAAAAAACAGCUAUUCAACGAGAUCCCGAUAUAGCUCAGUUAUAUCUGUGUCCUUGAGUGGCCCAAGUGAUGCCUCUGCUGCUUCCUCUUCCACCUGUGCCUCUGGUCCCAGCCUUACAGGUGCUAACAAGAGAAAUUCUGCACCAGGAGAAGCUCCCGCAGCUAUAGCAAACUCCAGCAGCCGGCCCUGCCAGCCUCAUCGGGAGGUAUUGCCGGGAAACAGACGAGGACAAGGCUAUAGGCCACAAGGCCAAAAGUCCAAUGACCCUACAAACCAAGGACGUCAUGACAAUGUGGGUCAUUACAGAAAUAGCUCAUGGUAUUCAUCUGGUUCCAGGUAUCACAGUGCUGCACCCCAGGCACCAGGAAACACUAGUGAACGGGGCCAGGCUCACUCUACAGGGACCAAUGGAACUGGAGCCAGCAUGGAGCCUAGUCUGUCUAAACCCUUAUUCAGGAAGGGGCUCCCCCAGCGCAAACCCAGGACCUCUCAGCCCAAAGCUGUGAACUCAUGAGAGAACUUGCAGUUGGCCUCGCUCCUCUGCCUCACACAAUUCAAAAUGAUAACUGGACUUUAGGAAGCCUGUGUAGUUAGGUUUAAUAACAAGUUUAUGCAUAUCACUUUUUGUGCCAUUCUAAAUAUUUUUGGUUUCUUCUGCCCUUAUUUCUUCUUUAUCGUUUUUGGAAGGGAAGGCAUUUUUUUCCCUUGACCUUUCCCAAUUAUACAGACUGUUUCUGAUGGGUCCUUCCUACCAGGAAUCCGGCAGCUAUUGCCAGGUUUCCCAACUUUGCAACAUUGCACCAGGUCUUCCAUCUGCCCAAAGAGGCCUCACCCAACAAGCCUCUGCUGCUGAGGCUGUCUCAGGAGGAGUGGGUCAGAAAUAGACCUGUCACAAUAUAAGUAGAAGCCACAAAUGCUUGCCAGGUUCCCUCUAAACAACAUUGUGACAAAGAGAGGCAAUGAGGGGAUUGUAUAUUGUAGAUUAGCCAGAAAAGAGAAAUGUUAAUUGGUGAAAAAGAGAACACUAGGGGGCUGGGGAUUUAGCUCAGCAGUUCAGUGGCCUGCCUUGCAAGUGCCAAGGACCCGAGUUCAAUCCCCGGUACCAAAAAAAAAAAAAAAAACACUAGGAAACAUUGGAGAAUCUGCCUGUGUCCUAGAAUGUGUCUGAGAUUUGACGCUUGAAUCAGUUUCAUAAUUAUGUUUGGCAUCAAAACUUAACCUGCAGUUUCUUCAAAAUGCCCAAAACCUUGUUUCCUGUUACAUUAUGCUGCAAACUACUCUUAAGGAAGUCUAUAGGAAAGUAGCAUUUAAUUAAAGUUUUUUAAAAGUUAUAAAAAAUAUAUUUCUUUAUUUCAAUGUUUGGAGAUUUUGUUGUUGUUUACCCCCUUACCUGAAUCCUGUUCUCAUCCUGAGCCAAAUUUAUAGCAAUAUAAUUAACAUUCAUCUAAGAUGUUACCCAUCAAAACUUGCUGCAACCAAUCUUUAUAGAUGAAUAAAUAAAAAUAACUAUAAAUAUUACCACAUUUGUUUCACAGCAGCAAGUGACUUCAUUAUCUGUUUUUCUCUGGGCCUCAUGAGGUAGAAGUCUCUCGGACAGCUUGUUCUGUGCCUAAAUGAGGGUGUCUGAUUCCCGAGUCAUUUGUCCGCUGCUGCUUAGCUUCAGGACCAAAUUAAAAUGUGAAAGCUAGCAUGAGCAAAUGCAGCUGUUCAUUGUGGGAAAAGAUUUGUAGGGUAAAGAACGGUGACUUUGCAAAGGAGAACAUACCAGUUUAGAAAAACCACAGCUGCUAACCAUUCCUCCAGGCAGACAAAGAUUAUAUUGGCACUCCUCUUCCCCAUUUCUUGACAGAAGUAGUGAAUGUAACAGUAUAAUUGAGCUCCUGCAUGUAGCAGGUGGCACUGGUGCCAGACCCCUCCACCCCCCCAUGUUCUGUGGUUUAAUAACAGAGCUUUCCUUCUCCAGCAUGUGUUCUCUCCAACCCAGACUGUAAGUGGCAGUGGCGCAGAACUUAACUGCCACAGGGCUUCCCCUGGCUGUGGCUAAAGCUGAGCUGCCAGGGUUCUGGUUGAUUGGAGAGACAGACUGACUAUGUGUCUGUCCUGUCUUUUGGUAAAGAAACCAGGUCUCAAGGAGUAUUGGAAAAGCCACUUUCUAAGGAGCCAUUUGUCUCAUUUUGGAGAAUUUGUCCAACACCAUCAGCCUGCAUAGGUGUCAGGAAAAAGCCCUGCUUUUCUGAUACUUGCUUACUAUACUUUAUAGGAAAUCCAGAGAUUGAAGCAACCUUAAAGGAUUAAGAGGUCUAUCCCUGUAUCCAGGCAAAACUAUAUUUAACCACCCAGCCAAAUAGGGAGUCACAUAUUUGUC